GAGAGAGAGAGAGAGAGAGAGAGAGAGAGAGAGAGAAAAGGAAUCGAGAAGAAGGUAGACAGUACGCGUUUGAGGAAUCCAAGGAAAAGCGGGAGAAAAACACAAAUGCCGAUCACCGGUGAAGUUUUACUCACCGAGUCCCAUCACGUAUCCUCCACUGCCACUGGCAUGUUACGUUUCAUCGACAGACUUUCAGGGAAGCGGCGGCACGUGCGCCGGAGUCCUGGCCCAGAUGGUGGAGCCCGUGCUGCCGAGGAAACGCAAGGAGACCAAGUUAACGAUACGAGAUACAAGGUGGGAGGGAUAGGAGCCGAAGAGAUUUGUCCGCCAGUGGCGAAAGUCUGCUGUGACGAUAGUAACAUUAUCAAUCGUCACUAUCACUCGCCGACACCUCACUUCCACCAUCUUCAUCACCACAGUCAUCGUCAUUCAUCGUUUCGACAAUAUCAUUAUCGGAGGGAUACCAAUGACGAGAAUGACAAUGACGGCGAGUGCGAGGACGACGAUAAUGACGGUAUCGGCGACGGCGACGGUGAUGGCGACGGCGAUGGCAAUGACGCCAGCAACGACAAAAACAAUAAAGAUAAUGAGACGUGUCUCGAACGUUUCCAUUCUCGUCUUCAUCAGCGAUUCUACGAUCGGCGGCGAUACUGCAGAAGCGACAUUAACGCUCAAGUCGACGUCGACCAUGUCGAGGUCCAUCGAACCGAGACGACGGCCGUCCAUCCUUUCGUACGAACCUCGCCUAUCGCAACCGCGACUACUACAGCCACUACCAUCGCUAACCCCUCUGUCAUCACUGCCAUGGCGAAAGGAUGCAAAAUUCCGCCUUACCUCGCGACGUUACUGCUUCUUUCCUACACUCUCUUCGGCAUAGCAGACGCCUGCUCAUCGCGUUCGACGCCAAAAGCAAGACCGCCGACGACGACGGAUCGACCGAACAUCACAUUCCACAUGUAUACAUGUCCGCCGGAUUACGCAGAAUGGUAUUGCUUGAACGGUGCCACGUGUUUCACCGUUAAAAUUGUCGACUCUCUCCUAUACAAUUGUUUAUGCGCCAAUGGAUAUAUCGGGCAGAGAUGCGAAUUUAAAGAUUUGGAUGGUUCCUAUUUACCCUCGCGGCAACGAGUAAUGCUGGAGACGGCCAGCAUCGCCGGCGGUGCCACAAUAGCAGUAUUUCUCGUCGUUAUCAUUUGUAUAGCGGCUUACAUCCAUUGUAAGCGAAAGCAGAAGGAAUUGCGGUCGAGCAGUACCUGCGCUGACACGGUGGAUGGUCCUGGCCGAGAUCCGGAGUUAAGGCCGUUUAGCAACCGCAAUCGGUCUCUUAUGAUUUUCAUGGCCAAAAAUCCUCCCAAUAGCUCGGCGAUGGCGAUAGAGCAGACGAGAAUGCCCGGCUGGAAUUCUCCAGAAGCGGAAUCAAUGAGGAUGGCGUCUAUCAGUGAAAACAAACAUUCGAGUCAAUAGCUCGUUAUGUGAUUCACGCCGUUCACAUGCGACAUCCUCUAUGACGAGAAUUCGUAAUUGGCAACAGAUAUACGAAAGGAUCGUCGAAUAAACUGCUCUCGUAACUGGAGAUAGUUCCAAGAUACCUCGAGACAGCAACAGCCUUUGGUAGCUUUUAGUAACGAACUUGUUGGCAAUAUCCAACUAUUUCAUACGACGUGUGAAUCAUCUUAACGCGGUGCUGAGACAACGAAGCGAGUUGAGUAUGUUAACAAUUUUUUCAACUAAUAACACGCACCGACAUGUCAUGAUGAUGUCAGCUCCUUUCGAUCGUUACAUUAUAUUAUUAUAUCGAGACAUUCCCGAAUUGUCGCACUCGAGUCCUUUCUCUUACUCUUUUGAUCGAAAGGAGAAAUUUGUCGAUUAUUAUCGCCUAUACUUUCUAACGAGCAUCUUAACGAAUUACCGCAUCCGCGAAAUGGUAAAGAUGAAAAAAUCCUCGUGUGAAAAAUAUGAUGUUCGAAAACAUUUCCGUAGAUUCUUUUUCGAGGGAGACACAUUCGCAACCAUCGAAUGUUGUUUCCAUGCGGACGCAAGCAUCGCGUCUCAUUGUCAUCACUUACAAAAAAAAAAAAAACACAUGCAAAAGCAGUGCCUUUCUACUCUCGUUCGUAAGAAAGCAGGAGGUGUGCAGGAAGUAGCUACAGUAUGCCUGAUUAAGAAAGAUCAAAUGAAAUGUUUGCCUGUCUUAUUUAAAUGCUAAAAUCCGCGACGAGCGUUGUUCUAUGUCAAGUAGCUAACCGUGUUACGAGCGCAGGACGCUGAUACACGCUAAUAACAAAAUCCUCUCGCAAAGCACAAAAUUAAUAACCGAAAUGCGCUAACAGUAAACGAGAUAAAAUCUUUGAUGCUUGGUACGUACUGUCUGUACUGUCAAUCCGAACGUUUGUUACUCGUGAAAGACUGAUACGAUUCUUCUCCGGGUAAUAAUAUAUAUAUAUAUAUAU